AUGAUUGAACAUGGGAUGCCGAAAGAUAUGCACCCUGAUGUAUUUUAUAAUGAGUCUGAGGACGAUUUGGAUAAUAUCGAUGAAACACGUGAUAUGGUCGGACCAUUUCGAAAUAAACAUAAAACAAAAUGUCAACCAUAUCCUAAUACGGCAGCUCUUAGGAGAUCAACUAGAAUACAAAGUAAACAAACGGGUACAAAAGCAAAUACCAUACUAAACGACUUCGCGAUUUAUACUGACAAAGACAAAUCUUCAAUAGCCAAGCAUAGAACUGAUAGUGAACAUGCUAUAGAUUGA